AUGGCUAAACGCCCGAAUUUCCUGAUCAUCGUUGCGGAUGAUCUGGGGUUUAGUGAUAUUAGUCCCUAUGGGGGUGAAAUCUCGACACCUGUGCUCGAAAAUAUGGCCAAGGAAGGUAUCCGAAUGACAAAUUUCCAUACAGCCUCGGCAUGCUCUCCCACAAGAUCGAUGCUGUUCUCUGGGACUGACAACCAUAUAGCCGGUCUCGGGCAAAUGGCCGAGCACAUGCGCGCAUUUGGCGACUACUUCAAAGGGAAGCCUGGAUAUGAGGGAUACCUCAACUGGCGGGUCGCUGCCCUCUCCGAGAUAUUGGAAGAUGCGGGAUACCACACGAUUAUGUCCGGAAAGUGGCAUCUAGGCUUGUCUCAAGAGCUGGCACCAUGCUCGAGAGGUUUCCAAAAGAAUUUCAGCUUCUUGCCAGGCUCGGGCAACCACUAUGCAUACGAGCCCCAACUUGACGAUGAUGGUUUCAAGAUUCCUGUUCUAAGUACCGAAGGCCGUUGGAUGGAAGGAAAAGGGUUUGUUGACAUGAAAAAGGAUCUACCUGCGGACUUUUAUUCGACAACUUCCUUCACCGAUAAGCUACUGGGAUACCUAGAGACGAGGAACAUAAAAGAGCAGGAUGAUCCUUUUUUUGCCUACUUACCAUUUACUGCCCCACACUGGCCAUUACAGGCACCACGAGAAGUGGUCAAAAAAUACCAAGGGGUAUAUGAUGAUGGUCCUGAUGCCUUAACGCAAAAGAGACUUCGUCGUCUCGUCUCGCUGGGAUUGAUUGAAGCCGGGGUCGAACAUGCCCCUCCUCAAGGAGUCCUCGGCAAGGAAUGGAUCGAUAUGACGGGAGAUGAGCGUGAGGCAUCUGCUCGUAAAAUGGAGGUAUUUGCCGCCAUGGUUGAAAUAAUCGAUCAAAACAUUGGACGGGUGGUGGAAUAUCUAAGUAGGACGGGUGAACUUGACAACACUUUCACCCUCUUCAUGAGUGACAAUGGGGCGGAAGGGGCUGCUCUCGAAGCCAUACCGAUGAUGGGUGGACCCAAAACUAUGGGCGGAAUCAUCGAGAAAUAUUAUGACAACCGCCUGGAGAAUAUUGGUGAGCCGACGUCAUUCGCUUGGUAUGGAGCUCGCUGGGCGUGUGCGGCGACAGCACCGUCAAGGGGGUCAAAAUGCUGGAUCACCGAGGGAGGCAUCAGGUGUCCUUGCUUGAUUCGCUAUCCGCCUUUCAAGAGCACACGAAACGCGAUAAGUCACGCGUUCACAACUGUGAUGGACAUCCUGCCCACAAUUCUCGAUCUCGCUGGUGUUCCCCACCCAGGGAAGACUUUUCGCGGGCGCGAAGUAGUCGCCCCUCGUGGCAAGUCCUGGGUCAAUCACUUGUCUGCCAGCAGCGACCACACCUCUACUGUUCACGGUGAAGACGUCCACGUCCACGGGUGGGAGCUGUUCGGCCAGCGAGCGAUCAGAGAGGGCUAUUGGAAGGCCGUCUGGCUGGACAAGCCCCGCGGUAAGGCGGAUUGGCAGCUUUUCAACGUGGAGAACGAUCCUGCUGAAUUGUAUGACUUGUCCGAUUCGAACAGAGAGAUUAUGGAUCGUCUGGUGAGGCACUGGGAGGUCUAUUAUGCCGAGACAGGAAUGGUGCAGACCCCUAUGUUCGCAAUCACUAAAGCUUGA